ACUUACAAUUUUUUCCAAAAAAAAAAUAGGAAAAAUAGAAAUGAUUUGCAUCAAUGUUCUCUGGAGGCCACAUAUCAGGAGGAAACUAUAGAUUCACACGAGGUUAAGCACAUUGGCUGUUAAAUAUAACUAGGCCCGCGACGUUCGUAAUAGAAAACUAGACAUGGGGUGAAUGUAAGAAUGACUGAAGAAAGUUUUGUCGCGAUUAGGCGGGCUGCGCCCGGAGUAGCGGGCGUGCGGGCGGGAGACGGUGACGUCAUCGCUUAUCAGGCCGGGUCUGCGGGCGGCGAGCGGCGUCUGCGCAAACUGAGCCGAGCAGCAGAGAGAUGCAGGUGCGGGUCUGCCUAGUGCUGAUGUGCGCGGUGGCCGGCCACGCGGCCCGCAUACUGGCCGUGUUGCCGACCAACACGAGGAGCCACUACGCCAUGUACGGCCGGCUCGUAGACGCCUUGGCCUCCAAGCAACACCACCUCACUGUCAUUUCGCACUUUCCAAUGAAAUCCCCCCCACCAAACGUAGAAGUAAUAAGCCUAGCCGGGACCAUACCAGAGAUUACCAACAACCUUACAAAGCAACACCAUUCAUUGAAGCCCAAUUUCAUGAUAAACCUAGAGAAUAUAAUGAAGGAAUGUGUCGAUGCGUGUGAAACGGUUUCCAAACUACCCGCAAUCAAAUCGCUACUUCAUUCCUCAAGCAGUUACGACUUGGUGAUAGUCGAAAUAUUUGGAAGCGAGUGUUUCCUUCCGUUCGGGCAAAGAUUCCAGGCACCCAUAGUGGGCCUUCUCUCUAGCGUUCCAUUGCCUUGGUUAAAUGAACAACUGGGGAACCCAGAAGCCACUGCAUACGUUCCCGCCUAUAUGACACCUUUUGGUCAACGGAUGAAUUUGAUAGAAAGAUUUCUAAACACGAUGUCUGUGAUUUGGGCUAAGAUUUUGUACAAAUAUAAGUCACAGAUACCAUCUCAGACAAUAGCUGAUAAACUGUUCGGUCCUGGCCCUAAAUUGGAAAGUCUAGCCCAAAACUACAGCCUGGUCUUAUCUAACAGCCACUUCAGCAUCAACGAGGUGCGCCCUUUGGUGCCGGGUAUGGUGGAGGUCGGUGGACUACACUUGGACGACUCCCAAAAAUUACCAAAGGAUUUGAAAUCUGUGCUAGACGCGGCAACGGAAGGCGUGAUCUACUGGAGCUUCGGAUCUAUGUCGCGCAUCGAGACAAUACCCCGCGCAAAGCUGGCGCAGAUCUUCGAAGCCCUGUCGCGGGUCAGCCAGACGGUCCUCGUCAAGAUGGACCGCCGGAUGCUAGCCAGGAACCUCACGGUGCCCGAUAACCUCUAUACCAUGAACUGGAUACCGCAAUAUGCCACAUUGUGUCACCCUAACGUGAAGUUGUUCAUAUCUCACGGAGGCCUGUUGGGGACUCAGGAAGCAGUAGCCUGUGGGGUGCCCAUGCUCACAGUGCCUCUGUACGCAGACCAGGCCCUCAACGCGCGCGCUAUGAGCGACCGCGGCGUCGCCAGGACUGUCACAUUGAGUGACACCUCUACCCACUCCUGGGCGGAGGCCUUGAAGGUCUUGCUUACAAAUUCCAAAUACAAGGAGAAUUCUCUCAAGCUCCGGGACAUAUUCUUGGACCGGCCACUUCCUCCGCUGGAAACCGGCGUGUACUGGAUCGAGUAUGUGCUGCGACACAAGGGGGCAGCGCACCUGCGCUCACCGGCCCUCGACCUCACAUUCCCACAGUACUUACUCCUAGAUAUAGUAGCCCUUAGUUUAGUUAUAGCAGCAAUGACCAUAUACAUACUACAUAAACUAUUCAGAUACCUAUCCACUCGUUGCAUUCGGUGGUUACCAUCUCAGAAAAUUGUCUUUGAGAAACAAUUCUUCAGAAAAAACAUCAAAUUAUUUCUAUGUCUGCUUUGGAAGUACAAGGUGAAACCUAAUUGACCAGUGCUCAAAGUUAGCCAGAUUGUAUUAUAUAAUAAUGUAGGUGUAAAUAAUUAUGAGUAAGAUAUUUAUGAAAUAAAAUUUGUUGUAAUGUU